GAAGAAGUUUUAACAAAUUAGCGCACAGGCGGUUACCUUCAAAACAUCAUGGCGUCGAGAAGGAGAACAGUGGCAGGUAAUUUUAAAAGUGCCUGCGCCGACGAAAAAAGUGAGAACAGUGCAAAUAAAGCCACCACCACUGGGAAUGGGAAGAAAAGUGCUAAAUCAAGUGGGACAAUUGUCAAGUCUCGAUAUAUGCAGUCUGCUGAGAAGACAUCUCUUUCAAAGAGUAACUCACUGACCAAUGAAUCUACGGCUGUGUCGUUGAGGCCUUCCUCACCUAAACCCAGUUGUGUCAGACCAAAAGUGGGCACCCCACCGAGACGUUCAGUGGCUCCACAGGCUCUUGCAACAUCAAUGAUGUAUGAAACUACACCGUCACUGCUGCAGUCCACGAUCUCUGAGGGGCACUGCUUCCGACCAGAUUGGGAUCUUUCAGUCAUUAAAGAUAAAACACAGAUAGAAACUGCUGAAGAACCUGACAGAAAGCCAGAGGAUGAGAAGAGGGACACUGAGAUGAAAACAUUCCUUCUGGCGUACCUCACAGCUAAAAUGGAGAGCAAUACCAUGAAACUUGAAGCUGAGGCAGAGGCAAGGAUCCUGCAUGCUAUGGAGGAGGAAGAGGCUCUAUAUAAUGAGGUCCAGGAGAAGAAGCGCCAAUACCUCCUUGCAGAGAAGAACAGGCUGAGGCAUGAGUUGCUGGAUUUGCAGAUUGCUGCAUUGACUCCUGUUGCUGAAACUGCCGAGCAAUUCACAAAGGACUACAAAUCUUUUGCUGCAGCUGUUGACACUACUCGCCAUGAGCUGCCUGUCAAGAACAUCUAUAUUGAUGGCGACAGAAGGGAAUUUCUAGAUAAAGCUGAGGCUUGCUUGAAGGAGAGUGAGAAGUUGCUAUUGGAAUGCACAGAGGGGGAUUAUAAAGACAACAGCACAUGUCUAGAAUGCCUCAGGGACAUGAAAAUGAAAUCUAAGGAAAUCAGCCAGCAGUUGUCAGGUGCACUUUCAGAGCUGCAGGAGCUGUCAUCAUUGGUCUCUCGCCAAAAAAUCAAUGUCCAGGUGGCCACAGAGGAAGAGCAACUUGGCACUGAAAGAGUCCGGAAGCUAUUUUGCCCCUAACAAUGACCAGGACAUGACAAAACAUUAGGUAGCCGUACCAAUGAACUAACUUAAUGUUACAGUUUCCUGGUUUUGAUAACAGUUAAAUACUGUUAAUGCUUGGUUAUGUGUUUGUUCAGUAUUUCUGAAAACCUCCUUGAACAGAUACUGUACAGCAGUGUUCAUAAUACAUUCCUGUUUAGCACCUAUUCAGUUCAUUGCUGCUGACUCUGCAUAUUGUAAAAGUUUGACAUCUGGCCACGCCCUCUUCCACUUUUUACAGCAAGAGGUACUUGGUGUAUUUUUAGUGGUGGAUAUAUAUACACAAUCUGGUCAGUGAGAAUUUGUAAAUGUUGACUCGGUUAUACUGUCACAAUAAAAAUAUGAAUAAG